AUGGGCAAAAGAUUGUUAUUCGAGGUUAUGAUGAAGCUGACAGAAGAGGACUACGAUGAGCAAAAAGCUGUUUGGCUUUGGAUUUUCCCGGAAAGUUCUGAGAAAAAAGUGGUGCUGUGUUUGAUGAUAAUUAUGGCGAGGGCUGUGAAGGCAAAUGCAAUAUUGCUUAGGCGAAUGAAGCAAUUGAGACGCCAAUUUAGCAGCUUUGCAAUGGAGUCGAAAGCGAAAGAAGAAGCACUUCAAGAAGAGGACAUAGAAACGGAGCCAUGGCCCUAUAACUCAUCCACUUGGGUGCCCCAUCCUCGCACAGGAAUCUACUUCCCUCAGGGCCAUGAGUGGGUCAUGAAGGAUGUCCCUGAAAAUGCAGCUUCCUUCUCUAGGGUUUGCUGGUUUCGAGACUCCGAUGGCGUCGAUGACCCAAACCCCGACCAAAAUCCAUCUGUCGGGCCUCGCUUCGCUGCUGCUUUUGGCACCCAGGAUCGACACUAGUAUUGGUCAAUUAGGAGGGGAAUGGAGAGUAGGGAGAAGAUAAGCCCAGUAUAUAUUCUAUGGAAACAGUAAAUAAUGUGAUUUAAGACUUGAGCGUUGAGCUUUGCAUAGAAUAAUAUGGAGGAAUGCUGGACAAUUACCAAAA